AUGUACACCACCGAUCGAACUCCAUACUUAAAUUUUAAGUCAAACGAAGGAAAAAUAUUGCAAUUGACAGAAUUUGGCAUCGUGGCCUGCCAAGCACGUUUCUGGUGGACCGAAUUUGUCGCACAGUUUCAAUGGUGGGAGUGCGUUCUGAUUGCUCUAAGCAUCUUCAUCGGGUUUGUUUUUCUUAACUUCUUAGUAAAGAAAAUUAAUGAGACAAAACUUGAUGAAAGAUUAACAAUGCUCCUAAACAAAGCAUCAACAAAUCAAGCCACACAAGCACAGGAACCUUCAGCAAUGGAACCGCUCACAUUAGGAUCCGACCAAUUAUCAUUUAAAGGAAUUUCAUUUGUGUAUAACAAAGACGAUAAUCUUUUGUCCAACGAUAAAGAAAAUUUAAAUAUCUCGAGUCUAACAUCUUCCAAACAAGGCUCGAAAUUUAAGAUUUUAGGUAAAAUAUAUUAUGAUGACAUGAGAGUAUCUACUAGAAAAAGCCACGAAAAUAUAUCUAACGGCUAUAACAAUAACCAUGAAGAUUUUAUCAAGAGCAUUCCCAACCAAUUGAACGAAAAUAAUUUGUCACGAACUAAACAAGUAUUAAACCUCGAAAGUGAAUUAGAUUUAGAAACGUGGAUUUCAGAAUUAUUAAUUAAUUAUGCGAUGACAAAUUAUCAUAGUUUUUAA